CCAUGGAAAUGGAGCUCGAGUAUUCUUUGUAGUAUUGAACAUGAUGAUCUCUAACAUAGAAAUUACGGAAAGAAACAACCCUUGACCUAUGAGACUGAUCCCCAAACACAGAAUGUUUGGGGGAUGAAAGUGAGGUACAGAGACAAACAUACAAAAUGAUGAGGUAAUGGUGAUCUCAAGAUAAGAUGAAUUAAGUAAUGAUAUAAACAGCCAUGCUCCGUCGUGUUGUGGUUGAGGAUUACAUUUUUUUUAAGGGGAGACAAGAACUGAAUCUGGAAAGCUCCUCUGGUAACAGUUUCCAUACACUAGUGGGGGAAAAUGCCACUGGCAAAAGCAGCUUUGUGGCUUUGGUCAAGGCAACCAGUAAUUUUGAUAACAAUGAGAAUGAUUUUGAAGUGAUCGCAAAUAAGGAAACUGGGAGCAAAGCAGUGUGUGAGUUUCAUUUUGAAAAUGGAGAAGAGCUUUCUGGAUAUGUUGACAAGAUGCAUUCCUAUUCAGCUAAAGCACUUCUCCCAAAUUUUCCCUUUAUUUCAGGAUUGUUUUCUUGGUUCUCUGAUUACAUCCUAAUAUUUCCUGUGCAGCUUAUUAACCUUCUGCAGGAGACAUUUGGCUCAGCUUCAUCUUUAAUUCGUGUAUUUUGUGGGAGAAGAAACUUGAACACUAGUAAUCCUUUUCACAGUCAAUUUCUUUACUUUGUCUCUGAGGAAAUUGUUCUAGUAGUCACGAAAGACAAUGGCAUACUCUCUGCAGCCCUCCAUGACCCUUUGCCAGUAGGUGUAGAUCUCAUAGAGUGGUCUCCUGACCAGAAAUUUCUUCGAAAAAUAAACUUUGAUGUUCAUGUAGAGUGUGCACUAGAUGCUACAGAAGAGCCUCUUUCUUUAGCUUCCCCUUUACCCAAGGAUAUGAUACAUAAUAAACCAGGGACCUUUACUAACAACAGCUGGGAAACAUUAAGUUAUCAAGAUAUCAAGAACUUAAUGAUGGUUGGCCUGCUCAAAGGUUUUUCUCAAGAACAUUUUAAUGAUGUUCUUGAUUUGUUCCAUGAAAUAAUGGGUGAUGAUAGUCUUGAUUUUGAGCUUGAUGUCAGUAGCAACAUUCCAGUGAUACUGAACAAACGAACACAAAGAAUAAUUCAGCAAGUUUCUGAAGGAACCUUCUCAGCUUUUGUUGUAGCAGCAUUGGUGGUGUGUCCAUUUACCCAUACUCUUAUUUUUGAUGAAGUUGCCAGAGGAAUGCAUCCAUUGCAAGUUCGUCGCUUGAGAACCAUACUCAUGCGAGAGUCUAGAAACAGAAGAAAGUGCAUCAUAACAACAACACAUUCACCUGAGGUGGUAGAGGUUGAGAGAAUUACUCUGAUUUGGAGGUUCCAAGUCCUCCCAUCUGGCUAUUACCAAAUUAAACAUGUGAGGUCUCAUUAUAAUGUGAGAGAUUUGCACUUUCUUGGUGGGGCUGAAGUGAGGGAGAUAUUUUUUGCCCGGUAUGUCAUUUGGGUUGAAGGUGAAAGUGAUAAAAGGUUUAUAGAGGCAUUGUUGAGGUUAUUUGAUGAGGGAAAUAUGGAGCUCUUCAAUGCACUUGUUGAACCUGGUAUGGAAGCAAAGUUGAGCAGAGGGCCAGAUUGUACAGGCCAUUCACUGAAACAGGUCACAAAAGGUUUGUCUUUAGCUGUACAAAAUCUCUUGCUUGAUCCAGCUUAUAAAAGGGUUUACUACGGUAAAGAAGUGUUAUCAGCUAUCCAACAAGGCAUCCGUAGCUGUGCUGUACUGUCAAUUAAUGGAAAGAAGAACAUUUACAAGGCUAAAGCAAUCUGUCAUGAUCUUGGCAUUCCACAUGCUGUAGUGUGUGACUUGGAUGUUAUUAUUCCUAACUCAAAGGAAAACUCAGUUCAGUCUCAGUUUAACAAAUGCAAUGGAGUCUGGGCUAAUGCAUGCAUCCCUAAUGCAAAGACAAAGCUUUUAGAUGAGGAUCAGUGCCCUGCUUCAAGAUGUGUCCGGGAUUCUAGUCCUGGUUUAAUACCAAAGUUGCGUGCUUGCAGAACAGUGGCUGAAGUCAUGAACUUCUAUGAUAAAAUGCAGCACAUAUUUACAUGGCAUGUAGAUGGGGGUGAAAUAGAAGAUGCCAUUAGAUUGACAAAGUCUCAGUUUGGAAAGAAAUUGUGGCCAGACCUAUCUUUUGAGGAAGUUAAAGAACUUGUGGUUGGUUUGUUGCAACCAUGUAAAUUACAACAGGGGUCCUCUCAGGACAACAAUGCCAGUAAGACACCAAAUCCAGAGCUUCUAAGAUGUAUCUUUUUCCUUUUUGACUUUUUUAGCCAAAGUACAAUGAACAGUUAAGUUACUGGAAUUGACACAUAUACAUUAAAUGUAGGAAAGCUAAUAAUUGGUCUUUAUACAUACUAAGUUGCAUGUCUGUGUCAGUUUAAAUGAUAAACUAGUGGCAGACUUUGUCUUGUUAUUAUCAAGAAGAAAUUAGACAAAUUCAUUCACAGCAAAUAUCGUUUUUGUUUUUGUUCACAACUCUAGCUCAUGAUUUUGUCCAAGCUCCAGUUCCCUUUCAAUGACUAGAGUUGCUCUAAACUCUGCUUGAACUAAAGCAUGGUUCUAAUUGCAGUUAGAGGCUUCCAGUCAAAGAUCAUAAACAAAUAGCAAAAUGUAGCAAAGAAUGUAUGACUUUCAGGAAUUUCAUUAAGGUGGCUGAACACAGUUUUUGAUACCUGUUUCAUUCAUCUUUUUCUCUAAAACCCUUGAUCCCUCGGUCGCCAAAAAUGGCAGCAAGCAAGUUAACAACACAAACUUUGUUUAUUGGAUAGUUAAACUGACGUAUGUGUUGUAUGGCAACAUGAACAAAUAUAAAUUGGCUUUUAAAAUCGGUUUUGUUUAUUUGUAGAAAUCUAGUCAUUAGAUUUUCUUUAUAAUUUGCACGCAACAAGCUUGUAAUGAUACUCACAAGUCAACACCAUUUUGCUAAUAAUUUAACAGAUAGAUCUUUAAUUAUACCUUGCUGAGGGUUCACUGAAAUAUCUAGAAUAUCCUUUGUUAAAGUUCAAUUUUUUUUCAAUACUCCAGCUACUUAUUUCCUAAACUAUUUCCAUGCCAAAUUUUGUGAAAUUCUAUUGAGUGGAUUUCAAGAAAUAGACAUAUUUCCAAGAAAGAAAUUUUCCAUUCAAUCACAAUUUUUUGACCUACCACACAUGUGCUACAUUUAACUGGGUUCUUUCAGUAACAAUCAAAAAGCAGAGAAUUACUGUGUUCUUUGCACUGUUAACUUUUCUAACAUAUCUUUGUAAUAAAAGAUUAAAGCCCUCAAUACACUGCGCCAACUAUAGAGAAAAAUAGCACAGAUGGAGCAGGCACAGGUACUUGCUGAGUAAAUAAAAUGACUGCUUUACUGACAGAAUGUUUGUAUGUUUUUUACAAUCCUUGUGUACACACUGAAUUGCAUCAGCAAAAGCGUGUGCGAAAACUGUGUUCAGCCACCUUAAGGGCUGGGCACUGGGAAAAUUGACUGGCUGUGAGGAUGGAUUUGCCCACCUGGUUUGGCCAUCUAGAGAAAAGUUUAGCCUAGAGAGAAGUUCAGUUAAAAAAGUUUUGCCUGCCUGUGAAAACCAGUCAUCCUCCAGCUGGAAACAGUAAUGAAACCCCUACACUUUAUUAUUCACAUUCACGUAUACUUUCUAAAACUAGGAAAAAGGAGGUCUUAAAAUGUAUUCUUUUCUUAAUAUGAUGAUUCAUGGUAUAAGCCAGGCAUAAAGCCAAAUGUUAUGAACAAAUAGGAAAGUGUAGCAAAGACUGUAUGAUGUUAUUAUUCAUAUUCAUUUCUACUUUUUAAAACUAGGAAAAAGAAGGUCCUACAAUAUACUGUUUUCUUGAUAUGACAUUUCGUGUUGUAUGCCAGGCAUAAAGCAUUGCCAGUAACUGCUCAGUGUAAAACAUAUAAUAAUUAUAAGGCAUUUUUCAAAACUGUAGCAUAAUUAAAAGGUAUCAUCUAUUAUGCUCUUACAUUUUUUAAUUAUGAUCAACGCCUGCAAGCACAUUUAAUAAUUAUAUUCAUUUAGCAGAUCAAACAGCCUAUGCAUGAGUGUGAGAUUAAUAUCAUAAGUUAUUUUUUAAAUCUUCUUAAAGUUGAAUAGAUCUUAACAGUAAUGUAUACACCAAAUAUUGAUAUCUUUGCCUGAGGCUAUAGAAAGAAAAAGUAACCUCGUGUAAGAAUUCUAAUUAACAAAUAAUUAAGAACUGCAUCAAUCAGGGGCUAAUCACGAUCGUAUCAUUAUAUAAAUCUAUAGUUCUCUGUAUGCUAUUGUUUCAGUAGGAAAAAUGUGAGUGCAAUUCUAUAGUAAGAUGUUUUACAAAAAUGAUUGUAAUGUAUUUUAUUUGCAUUUUUAUCCUUACUAAGUUAUAGUAAGGUUAGUAAUAGCUUUAAUUGACUGACUCUGAAAAAGAUUACAUAUGAAUUCAAAUUAUGUACAUAAGGAGAAGGGGGGUAAGUUUCUAAAGAAACUGGUGCUGUGUCGGUGGGGGAGUAUAACAAUGUAAUCUUCGUUUUAUUAACUG